UGAGUCGCGGUGAUGACUCGGGCUCAAGGCACGCAGCCUACAAAGGUAGACCAGAGCAGAACAGGGACUGACCAAAUGAUCCGCAUCGAUAGUCUGCAGAUAAACGUCAACAGCGCUCGGUUGAUUGGCAGCAAGGCAAGCUAGAGCAUGCGGAAAGAUGUCCGAUUGUGUGGCGCUGAUCAGCAACAGUGGGCAUGGGAAAGCUCGGAAGCGGUCAGAAAGGACAGGAAAGGCCUUGCUCCAAUUCUCGUAGACGUCCUGUGUGCGCGCACCAUCAAUUCGGAUCGCACCGCGUUGGGAAGGAGCUCUGUCAGUGCUGCGCUGAGGUUCAAGAAUUGGUGUCUCUAACGUCUGAUCACUGUUCCAACAGCUGUGCUGACUCUUUUUCUAUCAAUAUCUCUCACCAUCUCUGUCUCUCUGCUUGUUUUACUCUGCAAAGACCCAUCGGCUUGCCGAGUGAAAGCGAACUGAAUCAGAAUCUCGAGCUGCGAAUCCUUCCAAUGCCUAAAGAGCGGCAUAGAUUUGUAUGCUUUUCGAGCGAUGUCGGCAGAAGAAAAAUCUUCCCUUCUUCGAGCCGUCGAGCUCUUCAGCGCCUUGACGUAACGCGGCUCCGCACUUGCUGCCGGGCUGCUCGCGGCUGCCAGCGCUGUAGGAUCGAUCGCAACGACGCCGAGGACUUUGACGUUGCUGUCGGUCAACUUGAUCGCGGAUUCUAACCUGAUACCGAGACAGGCCGAGGCGCGUAUACAUUCAGCGCGGUCUGGUAUGCCUGCGAAACAAAGCAUGGGGCAACGUACACCGCUGAGCUUCCGGCAGAGUGCCCCACCAAAAUGAAGUCGCAUGUUUCAGACGACCUCGAUGCAAUAUCAUGCACCACAUCGAUGAUGUCUGCUUGCCAGAUUUCGUGUAUCCCUAUUGAGUGAUCCGAGCGCAGGAGUGAGCACUUGGAGUG